AUGUCUAUACUUAUGCGUGCGGAUUUUAACAACCAAAUCAAAUACGAUCCUGAACCAGAAGAUGCGGGCACAAUUAGAGUCAAUGCAAGGAUCUUCGGUAAAGAUUACUUGACAUUCACGACUUUGUCGUUUGUCAACGAGUUCAUCAACGAUGAUGGCAACGAGUACUGUCAAAGCAGACUGGAUUUGAAUAAGUUCAUGAAGGAAGCAGGGAUCAGCGACUACGAUAUUGCACAUACUAUGUAUCACUUUAUCGCCGAUGUUGCUGAGAUAACUUGUUCCACAAAUAAUAGUUCUUCUCCAGGGUGGGCUUUCGAAGUGUGGUUGAAUCUUCUUCUUCUUCCCGAUGAGACUUAUAUUGAAGAAGCGGAUCAAAUCUCGUUAGAGUACGAAAUCAAACACGAUCCUGCACCAGAAGAUGCAGGCACAAUCAGAGUCACUCCAAGGAUCUUCCUUGAAGAAGGUGGUGAAGUCUCGACAUUCCCGACUUACAAAUUCAAAUUCAUCAACGAUGACCACAACGAGAGUCAAAGUCAAGUGGAUUUGAAUGACUUCUUGAUGGAAACAGGGCUCAACGACCACUAUAUUGCACUGGCGAUGUAUGAAAUUCUCUAUGUUGCUGAAAUCACUUGUUCCGCAAGUAAUGGGUAUUCUCAUGGGUGUGCUGUAGAACUGGCGUUAAAUGUUUGUAUUCUCGAUGAGCCUCGUAUUAAUGAAGAAGUGGUUCAAACUGAAGAGGAGCUUCAGAUUGAAGAAGUGGUUCAGACUGAAGAGGAGGUUCAGAUUGAAGAAGCGGUUCAAGUCUCGUUGGACGAAAACAAUAUCCAGUUAGUAGCCGCAAGCAAGCUCGUGGUCAACUCUUUAGCCAGGAAAAUGUACGACAAGGUUAGUUCUACUGGUAAAACGUGCGCAAUUUGUUUUGAAGAGUUUGAAGAUGAAAGAAGUGUUGUUGUGAUUUUACCUUGUGGACAUGUCUUUGACGAUGAGUGUCCCGUAAAGUGGUUUGAGAUCAAUCACGUUUGCCCACUGUGUCGUUUUGAGCUGCCAUGCGAAGAUCAAUGA